AUGUACGGGUACACCGCAGGCACGCCAUGCCCGGCGCCCUACGGGUCAACAAGCAGCUACUACCCUGGCUACGGAAGUCAAUACGCGCCUAGCUAUCUCGACGACGACAACACCACAGCAAAUAUCGAAUACACGACCGAGCUAAAAGCGGCCGCUCGCCAGGCGAAGCCCCGACGACCUAUGCGCAAUGCCACCAGGCCUGCGUUCAAUCCAUCACUAGACAUUUUCGAGGAUGUCGCACAGGAGGAGGAACAGCAACAGCGUGCAGCUUUCGAAGUGAAAAGGAGGAGUCGCGCCAGUGUUAUUCCCGCGGCCACAAAGACAAAGAAGAGCACGAUUCUCGCCCAUCCAGCACAGAAGAUGCCCAAGCCUAUAGCGCCUGUCCCCGAACCACAACACGAGAAGCCCGCCCGACGACGCGUGUCGCAUAUGCCAAGUGAAAACUAUGCUACCGAAGUUAAUGCCACUGUACAACUGCAAGAAGACAUUUUGGACAAGAAGGAGCUUAAGAAGCAAGGUCCUAAGAAAGAGGCGCGCAGGAGGACAAUAUACAUCCCAACCGACGAGACGUCCUUGUUUACAAUCCACCCAGGACAGCCCACACAUGCACCACGCAACACUCGGGAAGCAUCCCCCGAUCUUGGACUGGAUCUCGUCACGUUAUCAGAAGAGGAGGGAAACAAUCUCUUGCCAGCUUUGAAGAAGGAAAAGAAAGUCCCUCGCAAAUCGCUCGCCGCGCCACCGAAACGCGGUCCUCUCAGCACAACAUCGCGCUCGACGCAGAGCACAUCUUUUUCGAGCGAUAUUGCAGGUUCAGGCGGUGGCAAGGAGAAUAUGCCUCCGGGUAUGGCGAUAUAUGAGAAGAAGAGCAGUGGGACGCAUAUUGAAAUCAAUUUCAUUAAGCCAGAGGCGAAAAAGACUUUGGCAAAAGCCCCCAAGGUCCAUUUCAGUGCACCCAAAGAGCCAGAGAGGAUAUUGCAGACCAAGAAACGAACCGAAGGAACGCAAAAGCGACCACGAUCGACCGUAGGCCACGACGAUGUUCCAGUAAAGGCACUUAAAUCGCGAGCGGAUGUCACUGCCUCCACUGCAAAUAGCAGUGCAUCUUUGAGAUCAACCAUCAAGACUGAACGAGCAAAAUUGGCCAAAGCGAAGCGUGCACCGCUGUCUUCGUCGCCAUUCCACACCGACAAGUCCCCGCCCACAGCAUUACGGCGACAGAAGACCGGAAGUGUAGCAAGCAGCAUUACCAUGCUUCACGAGGUUGGCAAGCAGCCACAGCCGCAGGAGAAAUACCCAGUACUACGCGAGGAUCUUGUUCAGCCAGAACUGUACGAAGACAACUGGCUCACCUACCAAGAGAUUGCCAUUACACAGCUUCUGAACUCGGUGUUCGACUCGGCGAACAAGGACCCAAAUGCUGAACAAACUCCGGAAGAUUUGCGCAAGAAGAUGCUUGAUAUAUAUCACGACCCUGCUAUGCCACCCCUGCACAAGCGUCUGCAAGCUUCACUACAGUGUGGCGCGUUGAGCAUACCUAAGGAUCUUUUGGCCCAGACACUGAGAUUGAAGGAUGAUGUUGGUCUGCGGAAGAAGUUCCUCAACUUGUGGACAAAGUCGUACGAUCUGAAUGCACUUCGGGCUGCAGCUGAGACAAUUGUUGGUCGCCAAAUCACCACGCCAUGCCGUUUGUCUACCGGUUCCACUUGCUCGGACGAUGGAUCUCGCCAAUAUCGCGCUGAACGCCGGGCGAUCGAGAGCUUCUUGUCUGCGUUCUUGAUCAAGAACGAAGAUGCGGUUCGCGUCAAAUCUGGAGGCGGUAGUAUUGCUAGUCUCACACGUGGUGACGAUGAUUUUGGAUCGCAGGGCUGGUCGUGGCGCCGUACCGCACUGCGAAGUCUGAUGUUGAUUCUUCUUCUUGACCAGGCAAAGACUACGAAUGCCUUGUCGGGCUGCUUGUUCCAGACAACAUCACCAUACAAGACGUCUGUGGAGAUCCUCCACCAGCUAUCCAAGAUGCUUCUCCCUUCGCAUGGCGACAUUACUCGACCGCUCCACCAUCUCAACUAUAAGGUCGAGCAUGCUCAAUACCCGCUUCAAGAAUACGCGUAUCAGAUUGAGAACAUCGCAAUCGACCUUCGCGAUGGCAUCAUGUUCAAUCGUCUGGUGGAGCUGCUACUUUACCCAGAACAGCAGGAGGAAACUGUGACACUCAACUUGCCAACCGGCGAGCUACUCACUAGUGAUGUAGCACAAAAAGAUGCUUGGAUUCUGUCACAGCAUCUCAAAUACCCAGCUAUUGGUCGUCCACAAAAGGUGUACAACGUGCAGAUUGCCCUUGCAGCCUUGAGCAGUGUCCCAGGGAUGCCAAGCGCAGCAGUCAGCGGUAUUCGAGCCGAAGACAUUGUCGAUGGUCAUCGCGAAAAGACUCUCUCCCUGCUAUGGUCGCUUGUCGGAAAAUGCAGGCUAGGAAGCCUCGUGGACUGGCCGCAGUUAGUCAAGGAGACUGAGCGCUUCCGCAGCCAAUGGUACCGAGCAAGAGACAACUUUGAGGGACGAGUCCUCGAUUCCGACAACGAAGAGCCAGAAACGACUGAGCUGGACGGAAUGGCAUAUCACAAGCGCCUCCUCCUCUCCUGGUCUCGCUCCGUCGCCCGUCUCCACGGCAUCCGCGUAGCGAACCUAACGACGAGUUUUGCAGACCCCAAAGUACUUGAGGUCAUCGUCGAUACGUAUCUGCCUUCUAACCUCACUAGCUCCAUCCCAGAUGGCAGCAAAUUAGGUCUAGGCGCAAAGCUCAAGGCAGUCGGUUGCUCAGCUUCCUUCAUCGCACUCUUCACAUCCCAAGACAAAACCACCCGCUCCAUCCCUAGCCGCGACUUCACCCUCCUAACCCUCUCUUUCCUCGCUUCCCGUCUCCUCCCCCUUGCACGCACCCACCGCGCCGCAACAACGAUCCAAACUGCAUUCCGCCGCUUCUUGCUGCGCCGCCAGACCAGCGCGCGCAUAAAGGCUAUGCAGAUUGCACACGAAUCGGCGGUUGUUGCGCAGGCAAGACAGAAAAUGGUGGAUGCUGCGACAGUUAUUCAGCGGCGCUGGAGGGGUAUCCAAGAAGCGAGGCGCAUUCAGUUGGAAAGCGAUGUUUUGGCUUUCCAGGCGCUGGCCAGGGGCUGGGCGAUUCGGAGGUGGGCUAGGCGCGUUACGGCGGGGAGAGUUGGGGGGAAAGAGAAGGUGAGGAGGGUGCGGGGUGGAUGGUAG